AUGGAACUUCCAUCCACUGCACAACCUUCGCGAAAACAAGGUGCUCAGAACGCGUCUGCAUCGGACGGGUCGCGUCGAAGUUUAACGGGACCGCAAAUUCAGGAGAUAUGCCGGAGAUUGCAGCAGAUGAAGGCACAGCAUGGAAAUGGGGUGAACCGGAUUCCGGAGUAUGUUCAGCUGGCCACGAUAUUGGCACAGGAUCCGGGAUUCCAGAGGCAGCUGAGGGCCCACAUGCAGCAUCAGCAGUUGAAGCGGGUGGGAAAUCAAAAUGUGAAUGGUCAGAAUAUGAAUGGUCAGGGUAUGAAUAACCAGAAUAUGAAUAACCAAAAUAUGAAUGGCCAGAAUAUGAAUACCGCUAACAUGAACAUGAAUAUGAACAUGAACAACCAGAAUAUGAAUAAUCAGAACAUGAACAACCAAAACAUGAACAACCAAAACAUGAACAACCAAAACAUGAACAUGAAUAUGAAUACGAACAUGAACAUGAACAUGAACAUGAACACGAACAUGAACACGAACAUGAACACAAACACAAACACAAACACAAACAUAAACACAAACACAAACAUAAACAUGAAUACUGACCCAAACAGCGGCAAAAAUAUGGGCUUUACAAUGAACGGCAGCCGGUCUUCGUCGAACUCGCCCCAAUCAGCCGGCCGGGGCACACAGAUGGCAUUCCAGCACUUUCUGGCGAACAACUCGCCCCAUUCGAGCGGGUCGUCACCUCGUCCCGGGCAGACAUCGUCGAUUUUCACGGGCCAGCAGUCGCAAAUCCUGAAAUUCCAGAUUGCGGCAUUCAAACGGUUCAUUCAGAACCAGCCGAUAGUGUCAGAGGUGGCGAACGUGAUCAACUUCGCGUACCAGCAGCUUGGGCAGCAGCGGCAGCCGAAGCCGAAGGGGAAGCCAAAGGCGAAGAAGGCGAAGCGGAAGACUCAGCCGAAGAAGAAGAAGCGGGUGAAGAAGGCUGGAGGAAAGAAGAAGAAAGGUGGGCAGGGGGCAGGCACUGGAGCAGGACCAGUUCCUCAAGUGACAACUUCAGUUCCCCAAGUGACAACUUCAGUUCCCCAAGUGACAACUUCAGUUCCCCAAGUAACAACUGCAUCACUUUCCCAAGUAACAACUGCAUCACUUCCCCGUGCUUCUGCUGCCUCAUCACUUCCCCAUGCUUCAACUUCUUCAACACCUCCCGUCGGCCUCCCACCUCAUCCCCCCGUCUCUCUCAGAAUGCUGACGGAGCAUUUUCCAGCAGUGAAGAACGUGGUGGCCACACAGAACCCCCUGGAGUACGUGGACAGCUACACGAUCCCAGAGAUGGCCGGUGAGGUGCCGUUCGAGUACCUUGAGGACGCGAAAUCGAAGGUCAUCACACCGUCGGUGCUGCCGCGGCCGAUCGACGUGGGUGCAGCCCGGCAGACAGAGCUACUUGCAGGGGCCCUAUUGUAUGAUGCGAUGGUGAAGAAGGAGAAAGAGGGGACAAAUGCAGAAAGUAUGGAAGCAGAACUCGCGGACUUGCUCCCUCUGCAGACAGCCACCAGGGGCUACGUGCUGGCGUGCGUGUUCCACCAGAAUCUGCUCCUCACGAAUCACCUCCCGAACUUCUCGGCCAAGACACGCGGGGUGAGCCUGGCGGACGCGUCGGUGGUGGCAGCCCUAGACGAGGAGCAGGCUCGGAACGCCCGGCAGGCGCGGUGGCGGCGUGUGGCGGACCGCCGGCGGCACCUCCUCGACGUCACCGCGGGCCACCGCACGGUGCUCGCGGGCAGGCGGGUCCGGUAUCGCCGGCUGGGCCGCCAGGUAGCUGCCGUGCACACGCAGACCGAGAAGGAGGAACAGAAGCGGGUCGAGCGGAAUGCCCGGCGUAGAUUGCAGGCCUUGAAGGCCAACGAUGAGGAGGCGUACGUGAAGUUGUUGGACCAGACCAAGGAUACACGUAUCACGCACAUUUUGAGGCAGACAAAUUCGUUUUUGCAGAGCUUGACGGAGGCCGUGAAAACGCAGCAGCGGGACACGGAGGAGCGGAUGGAGAGCAGCGGGCACGUGGAGGUGGACGGGGAGGUGCCUGGUGAGGCGUCGGGAGCUACUGGGGAGGCUGGGGCGGUCCCUGGCGGGGCCACCGGGGCGCCUGGUAACGUGUCCGCAGAGAGCCCAGUGGAAUCCACCCCGCAGCCUACCUCCUACUACGGCGUCGCCCACCGCAUAAAAGAGACAGUCCUCCACCAGCCCAACAUGCUCGUCGGCGGGCAGCUCAAGGAGUACCAGAUCAAGGGCUUGGAGUGGAUGGUCUCCCUCUUCAACAACCACUUGAACGGCAUUCUCGCAGACGAGAUGGGCCUCGGCAAGACGAUCCAGACCAUCGCAUUGCUCACGUACAUCUACGAGAAGAAGAACAUCCACGGCCCAUUCUUGAUCAUCGUGCCACUAAGCACGUUGUCGAACUGGAACCUAGAGUUCGACAAGUGGGCGCCCGGGUUGAGGAUGAUCAGCUACAAGGGCCCACCACCAGUCAGGAAGGAGCUCGCGAAACGCGUCAGGGCAAGAGACUUUGAUGUGCUCCUCACGACGUACGAGUACGUGAUCCGCGACAAGCACAUCCUCUCGAAGAUCCGGUGGGUGCAUAUGAUCAUUGACGAGGGCCACCGGAUGAAGAACACCAAGUCGAAGCUCUCGUACACGCUGACGGAGCACUACCACUCGGACUACCGGUUGAUCUUGACGGGCACGCCGUUGCAGAACAACUUGCCGGAGCUCUGGGCGUUGCUCAACUUCGUGCUCCCGAAGAUCUUCAACUCGGUCAAGUCCUUCGAUGAGUGGUUCAACUCGCCGUUUGCCAACGCCGGGUCCCAGGACAAGAUCGCAUUGUCCGAGGAGGAGACCUUGUUGGUGAUCCGCCGGCUCCACAAGGUGUUGCGGCCAUUCAUCUUGCGGCGGCUCAAGAAGGACGUCGAGAAGGACUUGCCCGACAAGGUGGAGAACGUCAUCAAAUGCAAGAAGUCCGGGCUCCAGGCCCGUAUGUACCACCAGAUGUUGAAGUACAACAAGCUCUUUGUCGGAGACCAGUCGUCCAAGAAGCCCGUCGGCAUCAAGGGCAUGAACAACAAGCUCAUGCAGCUCCGCAAGAUCUGCAACCACCCCUUCGUGUUCAGCGCCAUCGAGGACAUGAUCAACCCGCAGGGCUACACCAACGACCUCAUCUGGCGUGUGUCGGGCAAGUUCGAACUCCUGGACCGCGUGCUCCCCAAAUUCAGGCGGGCCGGCCACCGCGUGCUCAUUUUCUUCCAGAUGACCCAGAUCAUGGACAUCAUGGAGGACUACAUGCGUAUGCGCGGCAUGAUGUACCUCCGGUUGGACGGAGACACCAAGGCCGACGACCGUACCGGCCUAUUGCGGAUGUUCAACGCUCCGGAUUCGCCGUACUUCUUCUUCCUCCUCUCGACAAGGGCCGGUGGGCUUGGGUUGAACUUGCAAAGUGCAGAUACUGUGGUGAUCUUCGACACGGACUGGAACCCGCACCAGGACCUCCAGGCCCAGGACAGGGCCCACCGGAUAGGCCAGAAGCACGAGGUCCGCAUCCUGCGGUUGAUCACCAGCGACUCCAUCGAGGAGUACAUCUUGCAGAAGGCCCAGCAGAAGUUGGACAUCGACGGCAAGGUCAUCCAGGCCGGAAAGUUCGACCAGAAGUCCACCUCCGAGGAGCAGGAGGCCUUGCUCCGUAAGUUGCUCGAGACCGAGGACUCCCAAGACGUCCAAGCCGACGAUCUCACGGACCUCCAGCUCAACAAGUUGCUCGCGCGCAACGACGGCGAGUUGCAGCUCUUCAUGAAGAUGGACCACGACAGGGAGUCCGACUGGGGCCAAAAGCCUCGCUUGUACACCGAGCAGGAGUUACCCGAGGUGUACAACCGCGAACCCACGCCCGAGAACCACCUGCAGGAGGUUCUAGACUACGGCAAGACCCGCCGGGUUCGCAAGGUGCACUACGACGAGACCAUGACCGAGGAGCAGUGGCUCAAGUCGAUCGACGGCUAUGUCACCGACGACGAUGCCGAUCGGCCCAAGCCAGGACGCAAGCGUGGCCGCAAGAGGAAGGCUGAGAGCGAGAAGAGUGUGGAAAACGAGACAGCCGUGAAGAAAGAAGCUUCCUCUUCUCCCUCGUCGUCCUCCCCACCGCCGAAAAAACACAAGUCUUCAUCCUCGGCCCCUCCAGACGACAUGACCCUCCCGGAGGAUGCCCCUACCAUCAAAAGAAGAGGCCGCCGCCGCCGCUACAAAGUGUCCCCGCCCGUGUGCAGAAAGCCAACGGACCAAUCACCACUCACCACGUACGAGCAGCGGGCUGACCUCCAGAGGCUCAUCACCAAGGUAUACAACAGCCUCAUCCGGUACGUUUCGGACGACGGCCGGCAGCUGGCGGCGAUCUUCUUCGUCAAACCGGCCAAACGCGUCUAUCCGGACUAUUACGUCAUCAUCCGCCACCCGCUCGCCUUCGACGACAUCAGGCGGAAGAUCAGGGCUGAGGUGUACUGGUCUUUGGACGAGUUCAUCUUCGAUGUGCACACCAUGUUCAAGAAUGCCCGCAUCUACAACCAGGAGGGCUCUCUGAUCUACCACGAUGCCCAGUUCCUGGAGGAUCUGGCCUUGAAUGCCUUCAAGGACCACACGGGUAGGACUCUCGACUUUGCUUCUUUUGACAAGGAGUUUGGCUUGACCAAGGAGGAGUUUCUCAAGGCCACCCGCGGGAUCCAGGAGGCUGCCAGCGGCAACUCCACCCGGGCUGCCACUCCCGAGCACAAGCUCGCCCAUUAA